AUGGCCACCACUUCUUCCGUUUCCUCCAACGAAAACCUCGCUUCAGCCUCAUCUUCUCUCUCAUCUUCUCUCUCAUCUUCUCUCGAUCGAGUUCUCACCGUCACCAUAACCCGAGCCGAUGCCGCCACAUCCGCUAUCGCGUCCACGGUAUCAUCCGAGACGGCCCUUAUCACAGACAGCCCGAACACGAUUUCCAGCGACCUGACCCUUGUCUACGUAUUUACCAAGUCCGCCACAGACAGCUCGUCUUCAUCAGGGUCGUCGCCAACAGGGAGCAGCCCCUCGGGCCUCUCAUCAGGCGCCAUAGCCGGCAUAGUGAUCGGCUCGGUCAUCUCACUCAUCUUCCUGGUCCUCCUCGUCUUCUGCACCUCGAGGCGCUUCGCCAGGAAGAGGCGCCGCGAGGAGGCGAGCCUACACCACUCAGACUACCGCAAGAGCCACGCCGCCCCCAGCAGCUACCACCAGGCCCGGUCGCAGCGGUCGACCAUUUACUCGCCAAAGUCCCCGCCGCAAAAGCCGCAGGAGUUGGCCACGCAUUUCAACCGCCUCGAGGUCGACGGUAGGGGCAGGCCGGUCGAGGUCCUCGGGAGUUAUAAACAUCCCAUUGAGUUGCAUGGCGGUAGUACAACGGACCUGGUGGCCCACGUAUGGAAGGGUGGAAGACGUCCAGCCGUCAGGAAGGACGACGGCAGUGUGAUAUAUAUGAUCCCUGCGCGGGGAGGGGACGAUUUCAUCUCGGAUGCGGGCAAUGCGGUGUGCCUGAGCCCCCCAUGUACGUGGGAGACAGAGUCUUGGGCGGCGAGUGUGUCCGGCCAGUCACAUAUAUCGGUGUCGGGCACGCGCGGAACGCCCUCGAAGGCUUCGUCGAGGGAUACGUUAGGGUACAACACUCAUACGAAAGAAUGA